GUUUCCAGUUCUUCAAGACACAUUGCUUGCUUUACUCGUCAGUGGCAUUUCCGUCGGCCUGAGUGAAGAUAGCAAACAAACCACAUACGAUCCAUAACUAUGUGGGACACAUCUUCAAAUGUAAUACGCUCAUGGAUAUUGGUGUUUUUCACUCUCAGUGCACAGGUUUAUUGUUUGACGUCCUGUUCAACACAGAACAGUGGGUUGCAAUCCACUCUUACGAGCUCGCUAUAUAUGUCCAAUGGUUUAUGCCGGGAUACGUGUAACGGAGGAGGGUACGCAUAUGCCAUUGUCAACGGAGAGAGCUGUUACUGCUCGAACGAAGGACCAAGUUCAACGGUUGAUUUGUCGCUGUGUGAUGCUGAGUGUCCGGGCUAUCCAUACGAACAGUGUGGCGGUGGCUCGUACUACGGGUAUAUCCAGCUGAGGGCAGUUGAUAGCACAACAGAGGAUAGCACCACACAACAAACAAGCCAAACAACAUCAUCAACAACGAGUGCAACGCCAUCGACAACAAGCACGACAAGCACAACGAGUGCAACACCGACAACAUCAACAACUAAUACUCCAACUACUCCAACAAUUAAUACAUCAACAACUAAUACACCAACAUCAACAGCUAAUACACCAACAUCAACAGCUAAUACACCUACAUCAACAGCUAAUACACCUACAUCAACAGCUAAUACACCUACAUCAACAGCUAAUACACCAACAUCAACAGCUAAUACACCUACAUCAACAGCUAAUACACCAACAUCAACAACGAAUUCACCAACAACGAAUUCACCAACUACAACCAGCUCAUCAAGAACUCAAAGAACAGCAACAGCGGCUGUUCCAACCACCACCGUUGUACCUGUUUCAUGGAGAACAACGACCCUCUCCGCCAGUGAAACGACACUUACACAGAGCGGCUCACAGAUUGUCGUUACAUCGUACAUCACGUCCGUGGCGACUGAGUCCGCCACACAGGUUGUCACUGCACACACAACAGUUGUUGUUUCUUAUACGAGCACAGACUCUAUGGCAAGCUCAACUUCCAACACCGGCACUGAUCCGAGUUCAAGCUCCGCAUCCAACGUUAACGUCAACGCUUCAAACAAUUCUCAGAAGAAUAAUAAUAACAACGACUCAUUUUUUGACUCUGCAGGGAAAGUGGCCGGUGUGUUUACAGUUGUUGGUGUUGUUUGCGUGGGAAUCAUUGCAUCCAUAGUGUACUGCUGUUUCUUCAAGAGAUCACAUGACAACGAUGAUGACAGUGAUAGUGAUGACGAUCUGGAGAGUCAAAUGAAAGGAAAGAACGAUGCGGCCAUCACUCAACACAGUGUUGAGAACGAAUCCAGCGAUGAUACAGUUGUUGGACAUGGCAUGGGACCGCAUGGCAGACAGAUGUCCAUUGUUUCCACUGAUUUUGGAACACCGAUCAUUGACCGCAGAGGUGACAGCACCUACGUUGAUCAACGGUUAGAUGUUGGCCAUUUCAACGAAGAGGAGGAAGAGAUCAAGAGCUUGAACGAUAACGAGGACUAUUCCAGAAAAGUGUGGAGAGUGAUGAACCCCUGAGUCAUAUGAAAUGGACCAUGUAAGCACUAGCCUGUGAGAAGGGCUCAGUUCACCACAACUGUACACACAUACCCACACAUCAGUCCCGUCCACGCCCAGUCGAAUCCCCCCUACAGUAUGAUCCACACGACAAGUCAUCGGCAAUCAGUUCCAUGGACUCCUACGCUGUGUAUGUAUGACUCCCACGCUGUGUAUUUAUGACUCCCACGCUGUGUAUGUAUGACUUCAUGUGUGGCUCUAUUCAAUGUGCAUAUAUCUCUCAGAUUUUACGAUGUCUGAAGCUUUCGAAAGAGCUGGGAGAGUGAGGAGCACACACGAAAGGGUGGGACUAUGGUCCCACAGAGCAGGACUGGAGUAUUGAACAAAAGAGGGCUCUAUAAUUGGCAACUCGGCAAGUUUGGAGUUUAACCUUGAAAGUCUGUAUGGCACGAGAAAAUCUCAUGACGAGCUUGCUUGAAAC